UGUUCACACAUUCUGCCUUGUUCAUCACAACCACAAGCAGAGCCGAGGGCUGAACCCGAACACUAGUGUACUACAUCCUAUCCACUAAUUGCACCAUCUGUGGAGUGUUGUUGUGCUUGUUUUACAAACCCACCAAUACAGCGAGUAUUCAGCAGAUGGGCUCGUGCGGCCAGCUCGCUGCUUCUUACUCAAACUGCUUCAACAACUAGUUUCUCUAAGUUGGAGAAAUAAACUUGUGAGAGAAACGGCGGAGGACUCGGACACAGUACGGUACUGUUUCCACGAGCAGGACUUACUUCGUGGUUUAUCCAGUAGCCACUUUGUUGCAGUUUCCAUUUGUCUGUUCCCCCUGUUUGUCUGAAGGGGAGGAAGAGGAGGUGGACCCACGCGCAGUCGCCGGUCUCGUGGCUUCUUUGUAUACAGCAGCAGCUGUGUGUAAAUGCAUGGGCACACCGCGUCUGCUGCUGCUGCUUGACGGACAGCUUAUUCGGCUCGGUCCAACCUUCACGUUGGCUUCCUCAGAGAUGAAGCGGCUGAACCAGGUGUAGAAGAGGAAUAUCAAAACUUUACCCCAAUAUUUCUCUCCCCCCCCCUCCCCCCACCCUUCACCACCGCAGUGUCUCAUUCACCCCAGCUAAGCUUGGGUCACUUUCACCGCCUCUCUUGCUCCGUGUGUCUCGGUGUGUCUCUCGGUGUGUCUCCGUGUGUCUCUCUGUGUGCGGGGAUUGUAAACGGCAGAAACACACUGAUCUCCGUGCAGAGCAGGCUACAGCUGCGCGGCUCCCUCACACAUCAUGGAUGUACGAUUUUAUCCGACUGCUGGUGGAAAUUCUAUUCCAGGAGAAGCACCAAACCUGGAUUUUGCCCACUGUUUGGGCUACUACAACUUCAAUAAGUUCCAGAAUAACAACAACAACUACAUGAACAUGGCGGAGGCGAACAGUGCUCUGCUCGCUGCUGGUGAUACUUUUCACACACCGAGCUUGGGCGACGAGGAGUUUGAGAUCCCUCCCAUCACACCUCCACCUGAGACGGAGUCUGGUCUGGGUCUAUCGGAAGUGGACUCACCUUUCCCAGCGAUGCCGGAGCCCCCAGUUCCUCACAGGGGUCUCUUAAUCCCUCAGUUCCCCCCUCAGAGCCUGGAUCUGCCCUCGAUUACCAUCUCACGCAACAUGAUGGACCAGGAAGGGGUGUCUGUCAACAACGGCCAACCUGUGAAUGUUGGACCCGGCCAUCAUCGCCAGUACUCGCCCAACCCAGCCAUGGUGAUGAAGUCCAUCAUCAGCAUGAACAGCCCCAAUGGGAUGUUAUCACGUAAUCAGCUGACCACCAUCAACCAAUCCCAACUAAACGCACAGCUAAGCCUAAACAUGGCAGGACCCAACAUCGCCCAUACUUCCCCAUCACCGCCUGCCAGCAAGUCCGCCACACCGUCUCCUUCCAGCUCCAUCAACGAAGAUGAACAGGAGGAAGCCAACAGGGUCAUUGGAGAGAAGCGACCAGCCCCCAUAGACGUCGCAAAGAAGCCCAAGACUCCCAAGAAGAAGAAGAAGAAGGAUCCCAAUGAGCCUCAGAAGCCGGUGUCGGCUUAUGCCCUGUUCUUCAGAGACACGCAGGCCGCUAUUAAGGGGCAGAAUCCCAACGCCACCUUUGGAGAGGUGUCCAAGAUUGUGGCCUCCAUGUGGGACGGUCUGGGAGAGGAGCAGAAGCAGGUUUACAAAAGCAAAACAGAAGCUGCCAAGAAAGAAUAUUUAAAAGCCCUCGCUGCAUAUCGUGCUAGCCUGGUUUCCAAGGCUGCAGCAGAAUCAGCUGAGGCCCAGACUAUCCGCUCAGUACAGCAGACUCUGGCCUCCACCAGCCUGUCCCCAGGUCUGGUGAUGCCUUCACCCCUCAACCAGCACCCCUCCAUGUCAGCAGCUUCCCAUGCCCUACAACAAGCCAUACCACGGGCAAUUGCCCCAAAACCUCUGCAGAUGAGACUAGGGGGCAAUCAGAUCGUGACCUCGGUUACAGUCUCCCACCAGAACAUGUCUCCCGGGAUGCCACAGCAGAUGCUCGGCCAGAUGGGUGCCGGAGGGGGCAUGGUGGCGGGUGCCCAGUCCACAGCGGUGUCUCAGAUGAGCCCACCGAUGCAACCUGUGCAGCAGCAUGCGAUGCAGCAACUCCAGCAGCAGCAGCAGAUGCAGCAGCAUCUCCAGCACCAUCAGAUGCAGCAGCAGCAGAUGCAUCACCAGCAGAUCCAGCAGCAGAUGCAGCAUCAGCAUUUCCAACACCACCUCCAGCAACAGCUGCAGCAGCACCACAUUCAGCAGCAGCAGCAGCAGCACCAGCAGCAGCAGCAGCAGCAGAUGCAGCUGCAGCACAUGCAGAUGCAGCAUCAGCUGCACCAGCAGCAGAUUCAACAUAUCCAGCAGCAGCAGCAGCACCAGUCCCAGUGUUCCCCACCUCAGCACUCUCCUGGUACACCCCAUUCAGUGGGAGGCUCUGCAUCGCUCGGCAGCCCCCAGCCGGCCCCGCAGCAGCAACCACACCCCUCCCAAAUCCAGGCCCACGCCCAGGUCCUGUCCCAAGUCAGCAUUUACUGAGCCAAAUGGAAAUCCUAUCUCAAAGAACAGGAAUAGAAUAAAAGCAUCAUCCCAUGUUGCUUUUCUAAGUUGCACUUAAGAAGUGUGUAAGAUUUAGAAUGUUAUACAAAGAACUUGUCCAUUGUUAUAGACGGAUAUGCACACGCGUGUACAGGGGGUGAACGUGUUAACUGGGUUUUGUCUAUAAAAUAGGCUGAGCUAUGACAGGAGCCUGUUGAGGGCGAGCGCCCAGUGAUUGUUUAUUUGUUUGUUUGUGAGGUCCUUCAGUUGUCAAUUUAAACUGACUGGGCACACAAUAUGUUGAAAGACAUGUGUCUUUCACCGUUUUAUUUAACAAUAAAGCUUUAUUUAUCAGGCCAGAGUUGUCAGAUCAGCUCUGCAACAUUUGAACAUUUUGAAUGCGUUUCAACAAAAGGAUUUCUAUCAGCUCUCGCCUGGACUGAGUGACUCACAGGAUCCUUGCUGGAAACCAGUAACCCACACAUCAGUCUUUGUUCCCACACUGGCCAGUAUAUAGCGAGACUUUCUUUACUCCAACCUUUCUCUUUCACACAUCGCUCUGGCAGAUGUAACCUUUCAACAAUGGCGUAGAGGAAACGGUUGAUUAAAUCAUCACAUGUCGGAGGCCCAGUGAUAUAUGAAAACUUUUAAAUCAUCUCACAAAUGUAAGCGAUGUCUUGAAGAAUAAGGGGAGCUGAAAAUAAAAAGUCUAGGGACACACAUCUGUGGAUGAACGACGGAAACAGACUGAGACAGUAACUGCCAUAAAUCAUCAUCGCAUCAUCCAACUGUAAUCUGCUGUACAUGUUCUGUAGAGUGGUGAGACACGAGACCUCCCGUGUCCAAUAAUCUCCCCUCCAGAUGACUAGCCCAAAAGCGUGUAACUGGCAACCCCACCCCCCCCCACACACCCUCCCCCCCCCCCAAAAAAAAAAAA